GCCUUUUGUACGUUCAGUAACAAUCAGCCAAUCAGAUUAGAGCAGUCAUUUAUCGUCACCUGCCGCUUCGCCUCCCUGUACACGGAAGUAACCUUAAACAGUCACAUCCAUGUCUCUGUGCGACGACACCCUCCUGUGUAAUUUCCCAAAGUGCCGGACCAAGUUGAGUGGCUUUGCGUGGGUCACAGCCUGCUCACAUGUUUUCUGUGACCAACAUGGCUCUGGUGAGUUCAGUCGCUCUCCUGUCACCUGCCCUGCCUGCUCCUCUGCACUCUCUGGGAAGCUGGACAUUGUGAGGACGGAGCUGUCGCCUUGUGAGGAGUUCAAAGCCAUGGUGCUGGCAGGUUUACGGCCGGACAUAAUUUUGGACAUUAGUGCCCGCGCUCUGGCCUUCUGGAGCUAUCAGGUCAAUCAGGAGCGUAUGUACCAAGAGUACAGUCUCUCACGGGCUGAGGCACAGCUGAAGCAGAUGGAGAAGGUGUUGAACCAGCAGAACCAGUCCAGAGAACUGGAGCUCACUGCCAUGAGAGGGGAAAUGACUUCCCUGAAGAAAGUGAUGGAGGAGUAUAAGAGGAAGUACAGCGAGGUGUCUGAGAAACUGAUGGAGAGGAACAGGCAGUACCAGAAACUACAGGGGCUGUACGACUCUCUGAGGCUGCGCAACAUGGUGGUGGGUGUUGAGGAGAGAGAUGCAAUGCCACAACCAGCACAUACUGACUUCAACGCCGGAAUGGCACGACAGGUGACUCCCCAGAGAAGCCCUCAGUUCCUGUUCCCGGGCCCUGAUGUGGACAGUCGCUUCUUCUCCUGCCUGGAGUCUGAUGGAGCUAAGGCCUUCUUCCACUUCAGCUCUCCUACCAGGGAGAAGGUCCGGCCUUUCAUGAAGAAGCACUGAGAGGUGCAGGUUUCCUUAUGACUUUAACUAAACUACCAUUGCAUUACCAUACCAAUUUUUCUUUAAUAUUAACUUAGUUGGAGGUGUUCAUGCCAGCUGCUUUAUCGUUAUUAGCUGCAAACUUGAGUAAUAAUAACAAAUGUCUGUGGACUAAAGUUGUAGUUCAGGUUUUGAUGCUGUCUUUAGGAUUUUGAUGUUGUAAGUAGAGUAAAAAUAAUUUGAAAUACAUUGUAAACAGUCUUUUGGCAGAACAUCCUCAGUCUACUAGACAGAUUAUUUCAUUACAUAGAUUACGUAACAUCUUUACCUGCUUAAAGGUAGUGUGUAAAAUUUGGCAACAUUUAUUGGUGAAGUUGCAUGUUGCAGCCAUAUAUCCCUCACCUCACCCACAAUUUCUAAUUAAAAUAAUUUGACCCAAAUUUUACACACUUGACCUUUAACUCACUGCUUUAUCUGACCAUUAGAAAACUUUUUCUGGUUAGAAAACUUAAGUUCGUAAACCACUUACUCCCAGCAACAAACUCCACUAAGGAAAUGAGCAAUUUUAAAUUGAGGCAAACACGUGUUAUUGAUCCACUGCUGCCUCCGUCAGUAAGUUCAAAUCUGUUGUCUUGUGAAGUCAGUGUAUAAAAUCCUUUGUUCAGAUUUACUGAAGUGACAAAACUUAUUAAAUGAGGCAGCAGUAGACCAGCAGCUCCUCUGUCCCCCACAGGGAAAACAUGCUGAGUUUCUCUAUGGAUUUUGGUUCACAAGCUUCAGUUUUCUGCCAAAAAAAGUUGACCUAUGUACGAGGUAAAGCAACAAACAUAUUCUUAAGAUAUCAUAGUCUUAAGCAGGCGUAGAUUUUGUUUUGUUAGCGUUUUGUUAAGUGGCUAAGAUCAUUUCUUUCUUCUGUCCCUCCAGCCAUCAGUGAGAACAAGUUUCUGGGUCCUAGGCCAGUUCAUGGAAAUAAUAUUGUAUAAAUAGUUUAUACAAAUACACUUCAAAAAAACCUGAACUAUAUAAGCAGCAAUACAACUAAGAUUUAAUCGAGGAGAAUUAAGUCUCACCCUAGCCUAAGCAAAGUUGUUGUAUGUACAUUUUUUGGUACUCAUUCAACUACAAGGGUAUUAUGUUGGUAAAUAACUGAGGUUAGUUAAGCCUUUAAUGUGAUGGCAAACAGCUAAAUUUAAAUUGAUCAAGCUUGACCUAAUGAAUGAAGAA